CCAAACUGCCAUUCUUCACUCUUUUUUCUCUCAAACCUCUUUUUCUCUCAUUUCUCCCAAAUCUGUAAUCCAUUCUCGUUCUCUCCAAGCCAGUAGGCCUCCAACCAUCUCCUAUCUCUACCCCAUCCCGCCGCCUCCGCCUCCACCCUGCCGUGCUCCAGCCCGUCGCCUCCAGCCGUGCAGCCCGUGGUCACGCUCGUCGCCUCUUGCGGUCGCCUCCACCCUCCAGCCAUCCACGCCGCUUCCAUGAGAAGAAGGCGCAAUGGCAGAGCAAGAAGAAGGAGAAAACGCCGCCGGCAUCGACGAGCCGCACAAGCUGGAGAUCCCGACCCGCCGAGUCAAGAACAUCAUGAAACUCGACAAGGAUAUCAGCAAGGUCAACGCCGAAGCCCUCUUCCUCGUCGCCUCAUCCUCCCAGCUCUUUCUCCAGUUCCUCGCCGAGAAAUCCGCCCACGCCGCCGUCGAGAAGAAGAGAAAAACUAUAACACUCGAACACAUUCGGAUUGCCACCAAGCGACACCGUCCCACUGCCGAUUUUCUGCUCGAUUCUCUCCCCCUGCCGGCUGAGCAGAAUCCUCCGGGAGAUCGUGCUAAAUCGCGGCCAGAUAAGAAUCCCGUUCCUUUUGCUACUCGUUCAAUUGAUGCUUUCUUUCAAAAGACCACUUGAAAUUUCCGUUGAUCGUCGAGACUGUAAAAUAGAUGAUUUUUUUUUACUUCAUCUUCGUGCUAGAGGAUGUUUUGCUUUUGUGAUACUCAGUUCGCGCUGUUUCAAUUAUUUAAUUAACAAAUCCUGCGCAAUCGUGAUUAUAUUAGAAUUUUGAAUUUCUCA